UACGUUUUGGUCAUCUGUUGUGUUAUGCUGCAUUUUAUCCUCUCCCUUGUGCGCGACAAUGCAAGACGAGAUUGAUUUAGAGCAAAAUAACGAGAACUCCUCCUGGUGGCCAUCUUGGCGGCCCACAUCCAUGUCUUUGCUGAAAAACGCAGAGGCCAAAAUCCUUGCAUGCAUUAAAAGUGACCUCUGGGCUCGGUUUGUGACCUUGCCCAACCAGAACAGAAUAAGGACCCUCACAGUGACUAAUGGGACUGCACACACAAUAAAUGAUCAAGUAGCUCGUACCCCUCUUGUCAUGGUCCAUGGGUUUGGAGGAGGGGUGGGACUAUGGAUACAUAACCUGGAUGCCCUAAGUUGUUCUCGAACCGUCCAUGCCUUUGACCUGCUGGGCUUUGGUCGAAGCUCCCGCCCUCUGUUCUCCACAGAUGGCACACUGGCUGAAGAGCAGUUUGUCAGCUCUAUAGAACAGUGGCGAGAAGUCUUGGGGCUGGACCGUAUGAUCCUGUUGGGUCAUAGCUUGGGCGGUUACCUCGCAACUUCUUAUGCCAUUCAGUACCCUGAAAGAGUCAGUCACCUCAUUCUUGUAGAUCCCUGGGGUUUCCCAGAGCGACCUAAACCCCAACCUGAAGCAUCAGAGGAUAAGGGUUCAGCAACCAAAAGGCCUACAAUACCUCGAUGGGUAAAAGCAGUUGCAUCAGUUGCCGGUUAUUUCAAUCCUCUGGCCAUCAUCAGGGCAGCAGGGCCGUGGGGUCCAGGUCUUGUGAAUAGGUUUCGUCCAGAUUUCAAAAGGAAGUUUGAAGACCUGUUUGAUGACAACACAAUGACUGAGUACCUCUACCACUGCAACGCUCAGACCCCGAGUGGAGAGGUGGGUUUCCGGGCCAUGUCCGAGUCUCUGGGCUGGGCCAAAAGGCCGAUGGUACAGCGGGUCCACAAACUUCCCUUCUCCAUGCCUGUGACCAUGCUGUACGGAGCACGUUCGUGGGUAGACAGCUCCACUGGAACCAUUGUGUCACAGAUCAGAGGCCAGAACACUACCCGUGUCAUGUUGAUCGAUCAUGCGUCUCACCAUGUGUAUGCUGACCGGCCGGACGAGUUCAACAAAGUGGUGCAGAACAUCUGUAACACCGUAGACUAACUGUGGCAAAGGAAUGGGACAUGAGACAUGAAGUAAUGCUUCUGCGUAUACCUCAUAGAGACUGAGUGUGUACUUUAAUAUUCUCACGCUCAGAAGACUAUGACGAGGUACACGAGGGGCCGAGCAGAUUUACCGUAAUCUAAAGAAUUUUACAACUUACACAGAGGCCUUUAUAAGGUUCAUGAAUAGAUUGCCUGAUUUAGGAUAAGUUGAUAAUGUGCCAGUUUAAUACGUACCAUCAGAAGCUGAAUACCUAGACUGACUCUACGUCUGCACUCAGUGGUAACUUUUAACAGCAUCUUCUUUGUCAGGUCAUUUGUGGCCUUCAUGUUUUGAUGGAUCGUAUGGAUUUGUAUGCAGUGGGACAUGCUCUCUCAUUUGCUGAGUGAAUUGUGCGAACAGUGUCCUUGUUUUCUGAUUGUCUGGGCGUAUUGUUUAAGUUGCAUGUCACUCGCACAAUAGCAGAAUUGGAUUCACAACUGUAAUGAAUCAUGCCUCUCAUUAUUAUUUUUUUUUUUUUUUUGUCCUUUGUGCUUUUGUUGAUAUGUAAUAUUUUAUUUAAACAUUCUGAUAUCCUAGAUUUUAUCUUUAUUUGACUAAAACUGACUUUAAAAUAUCGAUCCUCUUGUUCUUUGUAUGCAUUUGAAUGUAUCUGAAUAUUUGAAAAGUCUGAAUAGUCAAUAGACAUUAAGUUUAGUAAUCAUCUUUUCCUGUGAUUUUUGUAUUUUAUAACCC